CAGAUGAAAAGUAUAGGAGCUUAGUUUGCUUAGAUGAUUCGGUACAAUACAUUUGAAGUUAGCUGGCUACAACUUACAAGCGCAUACUAAAAACAUACCUCAAACAACCUAAGUUAAGAUCCACGACCCGAAACUGUUUGCGAUACCAUACCAUAUAAUACCACGUACAACACAUUACGUCGGCGCCGAUUUGAUCCAUAUUCCCAAAUUGCUCAGAGUUGACCUAGUAGCAUUAGGUACAGAAAUAAAUAAUUAGAUACCACAACUACCCGUCGAUCCAACCGUCGAUCCCUCUCUUUAAUACCUAAUCGAAGACUUGCGAAUAUUCGUCUUAAACAGCCUCCUGAACUUCAUACCUCCCUCCUCGAGAUCGAUCAAGUUGCGCCGGCGAGUGGGAGUCGCAACUUAUAUUUCCUGGCGUCUUAUGCAGGACGUUUACAUAGCUUCGGCAUAGAUAUGAUUCCCCGGUAGCCUCUCGCGAGCUUUGUCAAUAAGCCUUUAGGCUUCCCUCGCAAUGUUUUCCAACUCAGAAGCCCGCAAGUCUGUUGACAGCCUACCACCUUUAUCACCCACCUCCCGAAACGAAUUUCCAUUUCAUCGCCAAGGCUCUGUCGCUUCCCAUCACGCUGCACGACGAGGUUCGACUGCGAGCUCCAUACAUUCUAUUCGUUCUAUUCGUUCUAUAGGGGGUCAUCUCGAUACGUCGAGUAGUUGGUCGCAAACUGUUCACGAGACAGGCCAAAAUGCUAUCUCUACUCUACUUCAACCGCCGAUAGUCCGGACUGGUUUACUGCCGCAUACCUCAGCUCCCGCUUCUAGUGCCCACAAGCCACCCACCGCACGAGAUAUUCCACCUGUUACAUUGACCAACAUACCCCAUGUGGAUUCUUCUGACUUCAAGCCUUAUUUAACGCAGGUUGGAGCUUUAUAUGAACAGUUAAGGCGGGUGAAGGAAAGCGACGAUGACGGCAGCGAGCUUGUGUUUGGACGUGGCAGGGUUGAAGAGUUUGCGAGUGCGAUAGACGACGGGCGUUUGAAACCUGGUAGCCGUCCAUCAAGCUCUCGAAAAGUGUCAGGGUCUUCCAUUAGGCCUAUAUCACCUAUAGAACAGCCUUCCGUACGCCCGAUGCGUAGAAGAUCUAGUUCUAGCUUCAGUCGAAAAGGGGCAUCCCAAGGUCCGCCUCCUUUGUCCACUAUUCCGAACGUCUACUUCGACGAAGAUUUCCAUUUGGAGAAUCCUCGUACAUUUGACGUCGUUAGUGAACGGUCCGAGGUUGUACAGCAGCCUCCCGGUUCUACCGGGGGAAAGAAUGCUCCCAAUGGGGAUGCGCCGGCCCCACGCAAAACUCUUGCUACAAAUGCGAUAUUGCAAGAGAAACUAUCAUGGUAUAUGGAUACUAUUGAAAUGCACCUCAUCUCGUCUAUAUCAACAGCUUCCACGACAUUCUUUACGGCCUUGGGAUCUCUAAGAGAAUUGCACUCUGAGGCAGCCGAAUCGGUGCAAAAGAUAAAGGCGCUGCGGCAAGAGCUUGAGAACCUUGACCAAGAAAUUGCUACUAAUGGGUUAGAAAUUGUCCAAAAGCAACGACGACGAGAGAACCUACAGCAGUUGAAUGAUGCCGUAAAACAGUUAAAAGAGAUUGUCGAGUCAGUCGCGGCAUGUGAGACUUUAGUAGACUCAGGGGAGAUCGAAAAAGCAUUAGAAAGUAUCGAUUCUCUUGAGAAGUUAAUAGCUGGAGAACGGAUACCACAGCCCGGCAAGGUCGAAAAUCACAACUACCAGCUGUGUGAUCUCAGGGACGCCGUUGCCCUUCAGGGUGUAAACGACGAUAUUUCCGCUUUGCGUUUCCGCAUCGGCAAAGCGCUCGAGACCAGAUUCAUCGAUACGUUACUGGGCGAUUUGAAGAACCAUGUUGAUACUGUCUCACCCCAGGAGGUUUUAUUGAGAUGGAGUAGCUCAGCCAUGCGAUCUCGCGGUGCGCUUAGCAGAGAACCGACGGGGAAUCCGGCUUAUUUGGCCGCAACUAGAGGUCUCCGCUCCCAACUAAUGCCAAUAUUAGACGGGUUGCACCGUUCAAAGCACGUCACAAUCGCCAUUGCAUCCUAUCGUGAGGUUGUCUUGCGAGAAAUCCGGCAGCUUAUUAAACGACCUCUUCCGACCUCCAACGAUGACGACAAUGAAUCUGUAAUGUCUGCAUCUACAAUGAGCUCGAAACGCUUAACCCAGCAGGAAAGGUCAUCCAUCCUUGCCCGAAAUCUCCGGGCGCUCGACGAGCAGGACGCCGAAACCCUCUUCGUUAAGAUGUACAUCAGUGUCACAGAGACACUACGGAGGCUGAGUACUCAGGUUAAAGUACUAUUUGACGUUGCAAGCUCCUUGGGACAGGAACCCCUGGAUUUUGACGCCGGUCUGAAGUCGCCGCCUCCUCUCAAGUCACCGCCUCUUAAUAGCGCAAACCGCGAUUUACAGGAGGAUAUUCAUCUAACUAUGGACUUGGCUAAUCUUUACGGCCAAGCGGUUGAUAUCUCGCAGGACAAAAUCGUAAAAGUACUUCGCGUCAGGUCUGAACAAAGCACCCAUCUUCCCUUAAUAUGGUUCUUGCGGUACUUUACACUUAAUCUCUAUUUUGCAAAUGAGUGCGAGGCUAUUUCUGGCCGAAGCGGCACCUCGCUGAAAAAUAUCGUCAACUCCCAAAUUAAAGAUUUCAUCCAAUCGCACGGCGAUGCAGAGAAGCAAAAGCUGGCCCAGGGCAUGGAGUCUGAUCAGUGGAGCGCCAAAGAUUUCACAGACGAAAACAAUAUCUUACUUCAACGUAUACUUGACAGUAGUACCAAGGAUAGUGACGCUUGGUCAAAAGGAAGCAAAAUUUGGUUACCAUUCUCCGAAACGGAUAGCAAGAAGACUUCCAACGGGCGACCAAGAGCGGAGUCUAACGGCGGAACGAAGGAGAGGACGAGGAGUGCAACAAUAGAUGACGAGACAUUCAUACUUCCCAAUUCGGCAAUACUAUGCCUGGAAGGAAUGUCUCACUUCUUACACCUGAUAUCUGGGAUCCCAUCCAUGGCAUCUGACGUAUCUAGCUCUCUGAUCGCAUACUUGCAGCUUUUUAAUUCUCGGUGUACACAACUUAUCCUAGGCGCGGGCGCUACUCGUUCAGCAGGUCUGAAAAAUAUCACGACAAGACAUCUGGCGCUCGCAUCGCAAGCGCUAGCAUUUAUCUCUACGCUCAUCCCCCACGUCCGCGAAUUCGUUCGUCGACACGCAGGUUCAGGCCCCAACGUCAACAACGCUAACCUUGCUAACCUUAUGGGCGAGUUCGACAAGGUUAAGCGCUUGUUCCAAGAACACCAGAACAGCAUUUACGACAAAUUGGUGGAGAUCAUGAGCGCCCGCGCCUCGGCACAUGCGAAGAGCAUGAAGGCACUCGAUUGGGACCAAAAGACCGAGUCAACCGUAAACUUGUACAUGGAAACGUUGGUCAAAGAGACCGUGACGCUUCAUAGGGUUCUCACGAAGCAUUUACCCGAAGGUACUGUAAGGUUGAUCAUGACGCCCGUCUUCAAUAGUUAUAAGAGCCAGGUGGGCAAAACGCUACAGGGACUAGAGCCUAAAACCGAGACAGGUGUCAAGAGGAUGGAAUCCGAUAUCGAGUACCUUAUUAGUAGGCUAAGCAAAAUAGACGGUUUCGGGGAUACGGGGGAUACUCUACUUGGCAUCGUCAAAACAAAGAAGCCGGAGAAAGAACCGGAGCCGGUCAAGCAAGAGGACAAGCCCAAGUCCCCCAAGCCAGAUGAAGGUAGUUCGGAAGAAAAGAGCGGCAACGCAGACAAUGCAGGCGAAGCUGCGGAAAAAGUUACGGAAAGCAAGUCAUAGUUCUUUGGUCUUGUUUUGAUAUGUCAU